ACGACACAGCGUCGCGACGCCUCUACAGCUCGUGGCACCACACCGACCAGCACCAUGGCGUCUGCCAAAGUCAUGAAUCGUCCUCUGAUCGAUCCUUCGGAGAUCCUGCGUCCGGAACCCAUCCACGCAGGGAAACCGAUCGCCCAGUUCAGGGACUACACCAUUGACGACACGGACCCCAUCAAGGAACGAGUCCGCAAGCUCUACUACGACAUGCACAAGCACCAGACCGUCGACUUCGUCAAGAAACAGCACGCCAAGUGGCUGAAGUUCGACAAGUUCCGCGCGCCCAUCAUGGACACGCUGGAGAGGCUGAGCGGCAUGCUGGACCAGAGUGACCCCGACGUCGACGUGCCCAACAUCGUGCACGCCUUUCAAACGGCGGAGCGCAUUCGCGAGGACCACCCGGACUGUGACUGGCUGCAGCUGACAGGACUGCUACAUGACAUGGGCAAGAUAAUGGCGUUCUACGACGAGCCGCAGUGGGCCGUUACUGGAGACACUUUCCCUGUUGGCUGCGCUUGGGCCGACUCCAUUGUCUACAGAAACACCACUUUCCACGACAACCCGGACACCUACAACCCCAAGUACAAUACUAAGUACGGAAUGUACACCCCCAACUGCGGCCUGGACAACGUGCUGAUGGCCUGGGGACACGACGAGUACGUCUACCGCCUGCUGAAGCACAACGGCUCCAAACUGCCGGAGAUGGGCCACAAGAUCAUCCGCUUCCACUCCUUCUACCCGUGGCACUCUUCUGGCGACUACAUGCACCUCUGCAACGAGGCAGACAUGGAAACCCUGAAAUGGGUCCUAGAGUUCAACAAAUACGACCUCUACUCGAAGAGCGACGAGAUGCCCGACAUUGAGAAGCUGAAGCCGUACUACCAGAGCCUCAUCGACAAGUACGUGCCUGGCGUCCUCAGCUGGUAGACUGCAAACACCCAGGCCUGUCACUGACCCAUCAUUCACCACGAAACAACUAAAUUAUUCUUUUGUGCGAAUUGUUAAACGCACUUUCAUCACUGCCUAAAAAUAAAUUCGCUGAAAGAGACCUGCGCAUUUCAUGCUGUCAUAGUGACAAUUGUACUCAAAUAAUAUAUUCAUUACCUUUUUCAAACGUAGGAAUUAUGCAGCCAAUCGACUGCAAAUAACUGUUUGGUACAAUUGACCUAGGUAUGGUAACUUACUAAGUAUGUUUUCUGACGAAGAUAUCCUUAGUAUACGGUUGCUGAGAAACAGCCAUUUUUAAAACUUUAGUAUUUCUUACUGUCACCUGCAAGGAAUUUGUACAAUUAACUUUUAAGUGCAAAUUUAUGUGGACCAUCAUGCUUCAUAGCUCCAAGUAUUUUGGGCAUGGCUUCCAAUUAUUAUGGCACAUUCAAAAUAUCAUCAUGGUGCCCGUAUGUAUUAAACGUAACGAAUUUUUAUUCGUCCAAUGCAUACACUAAAUAGUUUUAUUGUAUGUGAAGACUGUUAAUGUA